AUGUGGUGGCUGCAGCUCGUUCUAUGGGCGUCUGUUUUGUCGCUGGUACUCGCUAAGACCCACGAGUUCCAUUUCAACACCUCCCUCAUUGAUGCCAAUCCAGAUGGUACAUACCAACGAAAAGUCAUUGGAAUUAAUGGUCAGUGGCCGCUUCCCAUAAUAAGAGUGGCAAAAAACGAUCGAGUGAUCAUUCAUUUGACCAACACUAUGAACGACCGUAAUGCCUCUCUCCAUUUCCAUGGUCUUUUCAUGAAGAACCAAAACUCCAUGGAUGGUCCUGAGCAUGUUACGCAGUGCCCGAUUGCUCCUGGUACGACUUUCAUCUACGACUUUGUAGUCGAACAAACCGGUACUUAUUGGUAUCAUCUGCAUCUGGGGUCGCAGUACAGUGAUGGACUCCGAGGCAUGUUCAUUGUGGAGGAAGAAGAUAUUACAGAUUAUCCAUUCACAUUUGAUGAGCAAGUGCCACUUAGUGUGAGUGACUGGUACCACAAGGAUAGUUUGAAAAUCAUGAAGCUGUUCAAGUCGCGUUACAAUCCAACUGGAGCAGAGCCUAUACCCCAGAAUUCACUCUUUAAUGAGACAAAGAAUGUAACGUGGACCGUGCAGUCAGACACGACGUACUACUUGAGGAUUGUUAACAUGGGUAUGUUUGUGAGCCAGUACUUGUAUAUUGAGGGCCACUCAUUCACUAUUGUGGAGAUUGAUGGUGUUUACGUGGAGCCAGUGGAAACCGAUACUUUGUACAUAGCUGUGGCCCAGAGAUACGGCGUAUUGCUCAAGACAAAGAAGGAUCCAAAGGAUCCAGUGUUUCGUUUUGUCAAUGUGUUGGACCAGCCAAUGUUGGAUGUUCUUCCUGACGAUCUUCAGGUGAUUUCCACUAACUAUGUUCAGUAUGGAGACACCGAUGCCGAAAAACCUGUGCCUUUGAAGAACGGGAAGGGCUUGUUCGACAAACUCGUGGAAACCUUGGUUCCAGUAGAUGAUUUCACCUUGCGCCCAUUAGAUAAGCAGCCAUUGCUUGACGACCACGAUUACCAGAUUGUUCUCAACUUUACCAUGGAGAAUUUGGGCGAUGGUGUCAAUUACGCUCUCUUCAACGGAAUCACAUAUACUGCUCCUAAAGUUCCCACGCUUUACACGGUGUUGUCAAGUGGGGACUUGGCCACAAAUCCAGCCAUCUACGGCUCUAAUACCAACACAUUUGUUUUGCUGCAUGGAGAAGUAGUUGAAAUCGUCCUUAAUAACAUGGAUCCUGGUCUUCACCCCUUUCAUUUGCAUGGUCAUACCUUUCAGGUGAUUUCACGAUCCGAAGGCACGGAAGACGAGAGCAACCCACAAAUUUACGACGAAAAGAAUCCUGACCAUACUAAGUUCCCAGAACAUCCUAUGGUCCGUGACACGGUGAUGGUCAACGCCAACGGAUUCAUUGUUCUCAGAUUCAAAGCAGAAAACCCAGGUGUGUGGUUCUUCCACUGUCAUGUGGACUGGCAUUUAGAACAGGGUCUAGCGAUCACAUUGGUGGAAGCUCCACUUGAGAUCCAAAGAGAUCAGAAGCCUGUGGACGUCAGCCACCUAGCUGUAUGUGCAGCCAAUUCCAUUCCAACUAAGGGAAAUGCAGCUGGUCGUGCUGGCGUUUCUGAUGCUGAUUGGCUUGAUUUAACAGGUGAGAAUUUGCAGGUGAAGCCAUUGCCAGAGGGAUUCACCACAAAGGGCUACGUUGCUAUGUUGGCAUGUGCGGCUGCUGCACUUUAUGGAAUCUUUUCCAUCUACCAGUACGGAAUGGAAGAUAUCAAUUCCGACAACGCCGAGCACAUGGUUGCAAAAUUGUAUCUGUUGUUGGAGAAGUACGACUUAGCCGAGACUUCAACGAUGUUGACUCUCAACAGCAACGGAGAACAGGUGGCCAAUGUUUCCGAAGAGUGA